AUGGAGCAACAGAUAUUUUACUGGCGAGAAGUUUUACGUAGAGUAUUUGAAACGUUAAGAUAUCUUUGUGGAAGAGGUCUCGCAUUAAGAGGUGAUAGUGAAAAUUUCGGCGAUGAGCAAAAUGGAAAUUUUUUAGUUACUCUUGAGUACUUAUCAAAAUUUGACCCAUUUAUAGCUAAACAUUUAAAUGAAAAUUCAAAUAAAGGUAGAGGUAAAAAAUCUUAUUUAUCUUCAACGAUUUAUGAAGAAUGUGUUUUAAUAAUGGGAAAUAAGCUUUUGAAGAUGAUAACAAAAGAAGUAAAAUGUGCUAAAUAUUUUUCUAUAGUUGUUGACUCAUCUCGUGACACUUCUCAUAUUGAUCAACUAGCUAUUAUUUUACGAUACGUCAAGAUAUAUGAUUCCGUAGAAGUUCAUGAACGUUUCUUAUGUGUUGAACCUGCUGUUGGUCAUUCUGGAAAAAAUAUUGCUCAAGCUAUUUUGAAAAAACUUGAAGAACUUGAUUUGAAUAUAUUGGAUGCAAGGGGCCAAUCGUAUGACAAUGCUUCAAAUAUGUCUGGGAAGUUUGAAGGAGUACAGGUGCAUUUGAAGAAGUCUAAUAAGUAUAUGGAUUUUAUUCCAUGUACUGCACAUUCGUUAAAUUUAGUUGGAAACAAUGCAGUUGACAAUUGUUCAGCUGCAUCCGUAUUUUUUGAGUUUGUUCAACAUUUAUAUACAUUUUGUUCAGCCUCUACAUAUCGAUGGGAAACAAUUUGUGGUGAUUUAAAAAGAAUUGAUGGGAGAACUGUAGUCUUAAAGAGUUUGAGUGAAACACGAUGGUCAUCUAGAGCACACUCUACUAAAGUACUUUUACUAUGGAACAGAAUUUUAGAAAGAUUUGACAAAACUAGUGUUAAAUUACAAGAGAAGUCACUUGAUUUAUCAGUCGCUGUUAAGCUUUUAAAAUUUUUACGGGAGUAUAUUGGUUCAAUAAGAAACAAUUUCAAUGAUAUAGAAAAAGUGGCAUUAUCUCUUUCUAAAGUUAUUUCUAAAAAGUAUAAUACUGAAAAAAAAAGAAAAAUAAUUCGUAAAUUAACUCCAGAUGAAAUGAUUCGAAACGAAGAAGAGACCACUUUUUCUGGGCAGGAGAAGUUUAGAGUUGAAACAUUUAUAGUUAUAAUGGACAAAUUAGAUAUAUGCCUGCUAAAAAGACUUGAACAAUAUAACGAUUUAGAUAGAAAGUUUGGAUUUCUUACUUAUUUUAAAUCUAUGACUGAGAAAGAAAUCGUAGAUAUGGCAAAAAAUCUUGGUAAAAUAUAUCCAGACGACCUUGAUUGUGACAUUUUUCCCGAAGAAAUGAUACAUUUUACCAAAUUAGUUGAUGAGCAAGAUGAAGAAGGAAAAAUUAAAAUGCCAUCAGCACUAAAAUGUCUUCAAAUUAUACACGAUAAUAAACUCAAUUCAGUGUUUCCCAAUGUGGAAGUAGCGUAUAGAUUGUAUUUAUGUCUUCCAGUUGCCAAUUGCAGCGCAGAAAGAGCAUUUUCAAAAUUGAAAAGAGUGAAGAACGAAUUGAGGUCUACCAUGAAAAAUCCACGCUUGAACGCUUUAUCAUUAAUGGCCAUUGAGAGGUCUCUACUUAAAGAAAUAAAUACAGAUGAAAUAAUUGUGGAGUUUCAAAAAAAGAAAAGAAAAUAA